AUGGUUGGACCAGUGAGGCCUCAGAUUGUGCUGUUUGGUUCCUCCAUUGUUGAGUACAGUUUCAGCCAUGAAGGUUGGGGUUCCAUUCUCGCCCACCUCUAUUCUCGCAGGGCAGACAUAGUAGUACGUGGAUACUCGGGUUGGAAUUCAAAGCGUGCUUUGGAGGUUCUGCCUCAAGUUUUCCCAAAGGAUGGAGGAGUGCAGCCGGAUUUGAUAAUAGUGUACUUUGGGGGGAAUGAUUCCAUGCUUCCUCACCCUGCGGGACUUGGUCCUCACGUGCCUCUUUCCGAUUACAAAGACAAUAUGAGAGCAAUUGCUGACUAUCUCCAGAGCCUUUCAGAGAAGACUCGUCUCAUAUUCCUCACUGCUCCUCCUAUCAACGAGGCUCAGAUUCAGAAAUCACUCAGUGGUGUGCUGGGUUUGACUCGAACCAACGAAUUGUGUAGAACAUAUUCAGAAGCAUGCCUCAAGGUCUGUCAAGAGAGGAAUAUAAAAGCCAUUGAUCUCUGGAAUGCUCUCCAACAAAGACAAGAUUGGUUAGAUGUUUGCUUCACAGAUGGAAUUCAUCUAUCAAGUGUCGGAAGCAAAAUAGUGGCCAAAGAAAUACUGAAAGUGCUGAAAGAAGCGGAGUGGGAGCCAAACUUGCACUGGAAAUCAAUGCCUAUGGAGUUUUCACAGCCCUCCCCUUCUGAUCCUAUCAGUGCUGAUGGCAAAACCCCCAUUAAUGUCUCCUCAAUAACCUCACCUUCAUUUGUGGAAUGGGAGUAAUUUCUAGGACUGCUUAACGAAUUGCAGUUUCUCUUUAAGAUUCUCAAUGCAAUUCUUUUGUUUGUUAGGUGCACAAUUUAGUUGCAGUUUCUUAAGAGA